CCAGAUGAAGUUGAGGAGGACCGUGUGAGGACGAGGACUGCCAGUGGGGUUGUUCGAAUCCUUAGCCGUUUCAAAGUGAUAUAUAUAUAUAUCUAUAUAACCUUGGUCCGAAUUUAUUUGACUUCAGUUCUAUUUCGACGCGGUGGCGCGCAGGCAUGAACGCGGGUAGUUUGUGGACCACCAUUCGUCUUGGAUUUAAUUUGAUAGAACUUAAUCUCUCCGACUAGUGUCGCUUUAAAAUGUUAAAAUAUCUUAUUUGAGCGCUCAAAAAUGCUCCCCGUUUUCAUUUGUACUCGGUGUAGCAACAUAGCCGGUGAGACAGACGACUAGCUACAGCUAAUGGAGACGUCAAUCACAUGCUCCUCCGCUGUUGCUCUUGACCGGUUCUGCUGGACACUAUUGGACCUUCAACUGUGACCGAACCGGAGUCAACAUGUACGCGGGGCGAAAACGAAGGAAACCCGCCCAAAAGGGGGUUAAAGCGACUCCUGCAGAGGGGGCCAAGUCCAACCCCUCCAAGCGGCACCGGGACCGUCUGAACUCAGAGCUGGACCGAUUGGCCAGUCUACUGCCCUUCCCUGAGGAAGUGGUGUCCAGUUUGGAUAAACUGUCUAUCCUGCGUCUUAGCGUCAGCUUCCUGCGGAACAAGAGCUUCUUCUCAGUUGCCCUCAAUAGGCAGCAAUCCAGCGGUGAGACCAGGAAUGAUGCUCAUUCUAACCAGAAGACAUCGGGGCAGAGCCACGGCUGCCUCUCAGAGGGAGAGUUUCUGCUCCAGGCUCUGAAUGGCUUCGUCUUGGUAGUAACAGCAGACGGAAUCAUCUUCUAUUGCUCAAACACAAUCCAGGAUUAUCUGGGCUUCCAUCAGACUGAUGUGAUGCACCAGAGUGUGUUUGACAUGAUCCACACUGAAGACCAGCAGGAGUUCAGGAGGAACCUAAACUGGACCAUGAACCCAGAGGCUGUGUCAGGAACCCCUGCAGACUCAGGUGGUGGUGGGCCAACAUCUUUGUCGUUGGUCGACGUUCAUCCUGACCAUCAACCGCCUGAGAACUCUUUCCUGGAGCGAUGCUUUGUGUGCCGCUUCCGCUGUCUUUUGGACAACUCAUCCGGCUUCCUGGCACUUAACAUCCAAGGUCGCCUCAAGUUUCUUCAUGGUCAGAGUGGUAAGCGAAGUGUGGGCGGGGCUUCGCCUCAACUUGCACUUUUUGCUAUUGCCACGCCCAUGCAACCCCCUGCCAUCCUGGAGAUCAGGACCAAGAAUAUGAUCUUUAGGACCAAGCACAAGCUGGACUUCACCCCCAUGGCCUGUGAUGCCAAGGGAAAGAUUGUUUUAGGUUAUACAGAGGCAGAGUUAAGGGUUCGAGGUUCUGGAUACCAGUUCAUCCAUGCUGCUGACAUGCUCUACUGUGCAGAAAACCACGUUAGAAUGAUGAAAACUGGGGAGAGUGGACUCACUGUGUUCCGCCUGCUCACCAAGGCCAACCACUGGAAGUGGGUCCAGGCCAAUGCCAGACUUGUAUACAAAAAUGGCCAACCAGACUACAUCAUCGCCACCCAAAGGCCGCUGGCGGAAGAAGAAGGAGGUGAACAUCUGAGAAAACGAUCCAUGCACCUUCCGUUCACCUUCGCCACUGGAGAGGCGCUUCUCUAUCACACUGGUUAUCCUCUGCAUGGAUUCCCUGAUUCCACAAACCGCAAAACCAAAGCUAGCAACUCAAGAAAGAACUCUGGAGAAACACACUCAUCCAGUGAAGCCAGUCCAAAGUCCCUCUUAGGAGCGCUGAUGAGUCAGGAUGAGUCUGUGUAUGUAUGCCAGCCAGACACUAAGACUGAGAUGAACUGCAGCUUGUUUGCUGAACCAGUAGAAAAACUAGGUAGCUGGUUGGGGGACGAAAGCUGGCAUGUUUUGACUGAGGGACGUGAGACAGGGGCUUGCAACAGCAGUCACAACCCUCUGCUCGCUUCACUUGACAAUCUCUCUUUGGACGGAGAUGAACUGUGCUCCAACAGUGAACUCUUCAACGCACUUGAAAACCUGGGCCUUAACGCUGAAGACCUGGAGCUUCUGCUACUGGAUGAGAGAAUGAUUCAAGUGGAGGUGGAUCCCAGCCACAUCCCCACUCUUGGAGACCUCCUCAGCAACAACGAGAUGCUCUCCUACAUUCAAGGCUCAAUAGUAACCAGGGGAGAGGAGUCUGAAACUGGAACUGGUCUUCAGAACACCUCAACAACAGCCUUAAACAUUCCUCAGCAUUUAGUGGCUCCUCCCAUCGCACAGUUUUCCCAGCAGAUGCAGCGACACAUCCAAGCUGGUGAGCUAAGAAAAAGUCAGCAAACUGGUGACUGGAGCUUCCAAGGCGAAGACUUGCACCAACUCCCAGCCACUGUACCCUCACCACCAUUUUACGAGGAACAUAAAGCCCUGAAUUCUUUGAGGGACUCAAGGCAAGAGUGGCUGCUUCCCCAGGGAAGUCCACCAAUAUCAAACCUGGGACAGUUUGGGCCCAAAGACAAUUUUAUACCAAAAGGACUUCAUAUGUGUCCCCCCAAAAAGGAGACUGGACAUAGUGAGAUUUGUCUUGCAACCUCCCUCCCGCUUUACCUCCAGGGUAACUCCACAUUCCAGCAGCAGAUGUUGCAGCAGGUGCCUACGUCUUGUUUGUCGGAGUGUCCGACUCAGAACUCAGCACUGGAGAUUGAAGAAUUAUUAGCACUGUCUGAUCCACAAGGGGAGACUGACAACCUGUUUAACUCCAGCUCACAAGAUCUAGAGAAGUUGGAUAACGGCUGCCUGCUCAGUGAUACCAAUGCUACAAAUGCAACCUACAACCGGAGCUGCCUCAUGCCCAACAGCAACGCAGUGAGCGCCCCCCGCCCCACUGGACUUCCUGUGCUUCAGGACUCCCAGAAGUCGGGAUACUUGCUCUGAAGGACCUGAAGAUGCAGCAGUUCAGAAGAGCUAUUCAGUCCCAAAUCUCGCCUUCACUUUUGGUUUAAUUGCUCAUGACCCUGUGGGGUUUCCCCCCGGGAUUCAUUCGUUAUGGCAGAGGCGCUGAUCCACACCGUCCUGGCCUGUGUGUGUCUUGACUUUGAUCCUCCUUGGCUGCGGUGAGCACAAGGCCUCAAUUUUUGCCGUUGCAAGACCACAAAUGGAUCAAUUCAGCUCAGUGCAGCCGGCGUGGCCCUUCUUCACCUACUGGCCUCCGCAUGUCGAUGCUAGCCGCCCGGUGUUUGUGUCUUUAUAUGCCAAGUGUAGCGUCUCAGGAGAUGUAGCAAGAGACGGUCAGCAGAGGGGAUGGCAGAGAGCAAUUUUGGUGUGCAAAUACCUCCGGUGGACAAUUUAUUCUGUCUCACUGAGUUUUUCUUCUUUUAUGAUUUAUGUUGCUCUAAAUUAUUGUCCUGUAUUUCAAAGAAGCUCACAGACUAUUUUUGGGUCAGUGUCACAUUAUUUUGCGAUACUAAUCCUGUGAUGUUAUCAUGUUAUUUCAUGAUAUUUUGCGUGUUAGCGCACCAGCUGGAUGAUUGGCUGCCGUGUGGGUCUGUGACGGUGUUGCUCGGCUGGUGAUGGUUCAUAUACACGACAAGCCUCGACUCCCGUACUCACCUGUAGGCAUGCAGAAGAUUUUUGGCACUGAACUGAUUAUUCUGUCCCUUUUAAUUUAUUUUCCAAGCAAGCAUCACUGAAUAACAUGGUACCAUCACAUGUCACAUGUAUGAAGGGAGCCGUAGUCUUUUUCUGGGUUGGACGUGCAUCACCAAGUUCAUCUUUGGAAGAGCAUGUCGGGAGCAAGCUGUAAUGCAUUCAGUGUCUGGCCAACUUGCCCUGACCUCCCCCCCGAACGGAUGUACUUGCACCCGCUGGUCCAUUAGCCGCAAAAUUGUAAAUAAUAGAUGGACCGCAGACAGACUAGGAGGUGCAUGAAGGUGCUGCCGGGCUGUUUUCCCCAAAGAUCGUGACGACACGUUCCACUGAAUCCAUUGAUAGUGAUCUGAUUCCUUACUAUAAACUGAAGGUCUGAAAGCCAAACUCCUGCACAGCAGAGAUUCAUGUUACAUCAUGUUAUUAAUGACAUCAAAUGGAGCCAGAAUUAUUUGAAAAAUCGUGGUAGCACUUGGAGCUUACAAUGUGAGAAGCAUUUAUGUGUCACUCCUCACCAGCAUUUAGCCACUAUAGCACUCGAAAGAGGCGUAUCUGGCAGUGUUUGUUACUUUAGAAUGUCACUUCUUUCUGUUCAAGGUGCCCCAAAGUGUUUACUGUCCCAAGCUUGUUUGUUGUUACCUUCCGAGACAGAAGAUUUAAAGCAGAUCAAAUGCUUUAUAAACAUGUAUGAAAGAUUUUAAAAAAUGUGUGGUUAUGUGUUUGAAAUGAAGCACUAAAGAACAAAAGGCAUUUCAAGAUGUGUUGUUGUUAUGCUGUUCUAAUGUCAAGUCCAAAUGAUCUGGUGCCAUAGUGGUGAGGCAGCACUCGCCGUUGUUUAUUGACCUGCACUGAAUAGGAAACCCCCCACAUGCACUGAACACGCUGUCUAGUUUUGUAUCUUAGUUGGUUUUCUCUCAAGCACAGAAUUGAUUUGUUGUUUUCAACAUUGUAGCUCAACAGGAUGUGUGUCCUGGAAAUAAAGACUUGGUGCAUUAAAAGUCUUUUUUUCUUCUCGGAGAACAGUUGUAUAACCCACCAUAUAAAUCUCUUCCUCACC